AUGGGGAGCGCAGAGUUGGUCAUCCCAGAGCUCUCUCAGGGAGAGUCCUACCACGUUUUCUGCAGCUACAGCAGCACUGACUACCAGUGGACACACGCUCUCAUUGAGGAACUGGAGGACAGGGGCCUGAGGGUGUGUGACCAUGAGAGAGACUUCACUGCGGGACGUCCCAUCCUGGACAACAUGUCUGAAAGCAUUCAGCAGAGCCAGAAGGUGCUACUGAUCCUGAGCGCAGAGUUUGUGAGGAGCCGCUGGUGUUUGCUGGAGGCCAACAUGUCCAUGUUCAGAGACUGUCUGCAGAGGAAGCCCAUAGUGCCAGUGCUGCUGCAGCGAGACCUGCAGGUCCCUCUGCACCUGGCUCACCUUACCUGCCUGGAUGUCCACCAACCAGACUUCAGACAGCAGUUACUCCGAGUGCUGUCCACACGUAACCAGGAAAUGCAGGGCUGCACAGUCGUGCCCUACCAGCCCCCAUCCGUCUACAAUGGCAAGAGCCUCGAGCCACUGUCCCCUGUGAACGAAGAGCAACUCAAUGAGUUUGACUGUGGAGAGUGGAGCGACACAGUAGUGCCCCAACAGCUUCGUCUGAUCAUUCAGCACCCAGAGAGCUACAGAGAGGCCAUUGGGAUCAUCAACACUGUCUCUCAGACAAAAGUGAAAUAUAGGACUUCCUGGUCCCAAGGAAUAAAAAAUGAGCCUGAGCGCAUUAUGGAUGAGCUGAAGAAGGCCAUUGGUCAGGCCAACAGCCUCCUGUUUGAGGAGCACGUCCUGAUAGGCUCUCAGUCACCCUCUAAACUCCUCCUGGUUUAUGUGAGUGUGGAGGGCUGCAGAGAGGAGCUCAGUGCUCUGUCCCAGGACCAGGACUUCUUUCAUACAGCCAUAGUGGAGCACUCCUGUGGGUAUGCCUGCUGUCUCGCUAAAAGGCACAGCCCAGAGAACACUCUUAGACAUGACUAUGAGACAACAAGAGGUCCAAAAACAGUAGUGAUGACAAAGGGAGGAGGAAUUAAACUACAGUUCCUGCAAUCAGGUUCAAAGUGUAAGCUCCUGUCAUUCUUGGCUUACCUGUCCGGCAUCAGAGAAAUGGGCGCAGAGUUGGUAAUCCCAGAGCUCUCUCAGGGAGAGUCCUACCACGUUUUCUGCAGCUACAGCAGCACUGACUACCAGUGGACACACGCUCUCAUUCAGCAGCUGGAGGACAGGGGCCUGAGGGUGUGUGACCAUGAGAGAGACUUCACUGCGGGACGUCCCAUUCUGGACAACAUGUCUGAAAGCAUUCAGCAGAGCCAGAAGGUGCUACUGAUCCUGAGCGCAGAGUUUGUGAGGAGCCGCUGGUGUUUGCUGGAGGCCAACAUGUCCAUGUUCAGAGACUGUCUGCAGAGGAAGCCCAUAGUGCCAGUGCUGCUGCAGCGAGACCUGCAGGUCCCUCUGCACCUGGCUCACCUCACAUACCUGGAGAUACAGCAGCCAGACUUCAGACAGCAGUUACUCCGAGUGCUGUGUACACCUAACCAGGAAAUACAGGGCUCCACUGUGGUGUCCUACCAGCCGCCAUCCCUCUACAACGGCAAGAGCCUCGAGCCACUGUCUGCUGUCAACGAAGAGCAGCUCGUCAACAAGUUUGACUGUGGAGUGUGGAGCGACAGUGUACCUGACCAACUGAGCCUGAUCAUUCAGCAGCCAGAGCGCUACAGAGAGGCCAUUGGGAUCAUCAACACUGUCUCUCAGACAAAAGUUAGGUUCAGAUCUUAUUGGGCAAUAGGAAUGUAUGGCCUUGGGUUUGGGUUAGUUAUUGUAUUAUUAAUUUCAUUAAUAGGAAUACUAAUAAAAAUGCCUUUUAGGAACAAUACUGAACAUGCUUUUAAAAUAGUGGGUAUAAUAUUUUUUAUACUAAUAGUGCCGGGGUUACUAUAUAAGAUAUUCUUAUUCAGAAGGGAUGAGAUACGUCGUGUUGUGCGAGAGUUGCAGAAGGCCAUUGGUCAGGCCAACAGCCUCCUGUUUGAGGAGCACGUCCUGAUAGGCUCUCAGUCACACUCUAAUCUCCUCCUGGUUUAUGUGAGUGUGGAGGGCUGCAGAGAGGAGCUCAGUGCUCUGUCCCAGGACCAGGACUUCUUUCAUACAGCCAUAGUGGAGCACUCCUGUGGGUACGCCUGCUGUCUCGCUAAAAGGUACUUCCCAUUUCAAACCACCUCCAGCUCUAGUCACCUGGAGGCAAACGUGUGCUUUUGUCAGUAUGUCACCCAUCAGCUCUCUGUGAAAAACACCAGGAGGUUCAAGAGUUGUAUACCAUAGUGUACCAACAGUCAUUUUUAAAGGAAAUUCUUCUUUUAGCAAUCAAAUUUACAUUACAUUUAUAGCACUUCAAUUGUAAAAUACAAGUCAGCAACUGACUUACUUUAAAUUCAUGCAAAAAACAGUAAAUUACCUCAUAAAAAUGUUUAUGUCCAUAAUUAUUAUUUUAACUUUUUCACUGUCAGAUGUUUUGUAAGACCAACUUCUUUCCUGCCUUAGGUUUUGCAAAUGGAGCUGAUACAGAUAAAGCUGCUCAGGUAUUUUCUUAUAUUUGGAGUAUAUUCUUGAAUAUGAAUAUGGAGUAUAUGAGUAUGAGUAUGGAUGCGUGUGCAUAACAUUAUUGAA